CUAAUCUGUUUUUUUUUAUGGACAUUUGGCAGUCUGCAAAUUUUAGGAAAACACUACCACUUAAUGUGUGUGGUCGACCCCCCCCCCCUCCCCUUCCUCAUAUGUUUAUGCAAUAUCUGUGGCUAUCUCAGGCGAUUAAUAUACUAAUGGUACCAGGAAAUUAUUAAUUGAAAGAGAAUUGAUUAAAGUAUGUAACACUGUAAGAGUAUAGAUGUUGAUAACUAAAAGGAGGGAGGGCAUCAAGAGUAUUCAGGGGUGUGAAAUCUCAGCUUUAAAGCUGAUUUCAGCUUUUUUUUGUUCUGGAUUUUUACUUUUUCCCCUCACUUGAUGUAUACAAAGGUAUAGGAGAUUUCCAAAGUUCAGCUUUUUUUACACCUUUUUCGGCUGUUUUCAGCUAUUUUUUUCAGCGGUCACUCACACCCCCGAGUAUUGUAAGGAUGAGAAAAGUAAUUUUAGGAUUGUUGGUCGUAUCCUCCCCCCCCCCUCCCCCCGGCCCACUAGGCUGACAUGGCCUUCAUGCCCUUCAUGCCACUGGCAAGAGCUGUUUGGGUGGGGGUUAGCGAGAAUGUUAUAAGACUUAUGUUGGGGGGGGGGGGGGGGGGUCAUCGUUCUUGUGUAUUUUCAAGCUGACAUAUUGGGCGUUGAUUCUCUACUCCAAAAAUGUCUAUCCAACAUGGUGGAGAUUUCAGAACUGGAAAAUGUCUAUUUCCAAAAGUUAAUUUAUCAACAAUUCGUGCUUAUUGAGGAAAAAAGAGGAUGUUGUAUUUUUACUCCAGCUCUGGACUUCCACUUAAAGUCUUGAAUAUAAAUCAUAUUGUGCUUCAAAUUAUUUGUAGCGUGUAAAACAGAAUGGGCCGCGAGAAAUCCAAAUUUAUAAUGGAAGCCAGCAAUCUGUUUUCUUGUAAUUUUCCUAUAGGAUCCGCCCAGUGUUUUUCCAUAGAACUUUUAUAGUAAUACUUUUUUUUUUUUUAAUCAUGAUAAAAAUCAAAUGUAAUUUGUGACUUUUUUCCACCGAAUAAAACCUCCCAAUAGCAACUAUCUUUGUGAUAUGUUUUAUAGUCAUUUAUUAAUUUUGUAAUUUCAGAAUAACGGCUUUGAAAGUUGAAAUAUAUAUUUGUAUUAUAGCAGUUUCCUGAAAUAAUUGUCCCUGGAAUGAGAUCCAUUGUCAACCAAGAGCAGGAACUGUCUUAAUUAUUUAUAGUCUCUAAAAAAAAAUGUAAAAAAAAAAAAUGUGCAUGUACUUUUAGUUUUUGUCAUCAAAAUACACACCAACAAAAAAAUUGAGACAGGAGACAAAGUGCUAUAGCGCCCUCAGUGUUCAGUUUAAAGAACUGCGAACUGUCAUGGCGGACUCUGUAGAAUGAAAUCUUGUUUCCCUGGUCAAAAAAAUUGCUAGUCGACAUUAAUACAACUCUCCAAGUUGAUCCACAAGACGACCCACUCCAGUUCGGCAAGCAUGGAUCCCAGCCUCCUGGAUGAGAUGGACUUCAGCUUCUCCUGUGACAAGUGUAGCUUCAGCACCAAGGACAUGAUGCAGAUCAAAAUACACAUGUACGAACACAGGAGCCUGGGGAAAGAUCCAGGCCAAACGGUGGCAGCGGCGGGAUCGGACGCACCUGAAGCCACCAAGGAGCAAGUCGAUCCCAUCAUAUCAAGAGAUCCUGGAGAUGAUGGUCAUCAUGCACAAGAUGAGACGCCACCUUCAAACAAGGAUGUGCCCAAUUUGGCCUCGCUCAGUAAAACAAACACGCCCAAUUUGGUCUCAUCUCUGCCGUCAACUGAGGAAAGGCACAGUGGCGGUAGUGAUGCUCCCUCUGUUUCAGGACUGAGAGAUGAAGUGAGUGAACAGAUGUUGGCAGAAAAGGAUAACAGCUGCAAAAAUGUUGACGAGGGAGUUGAGAGGACCGAGGGCAGCAAGCAGUGCAUUGUCAGAGAAGCGACAGUGAUUGUUGCAAGGAAAGAAAAAGCUCCGGGAGAGGACAGUGCCCGUCAUCAACCGCAACCUCAAGGGGAAGGUGAAUUCUCAGCUCAAGGCAAGACAGGCCCAGAUUCUAUCGCCGACCGCAUCCAAUCGCGGCGCAGGCCGAGCACCAAGAUGCCGCAUGAGGAACUGGAGGAGAAAGAUGAUGACUAUGUCCCCUACCAGCCGGCCAUGUCAAGAUUUAAACGUCACGCCAAGAGGGUUAAACGGCGGCACAAUCGCUCAAACCUGAGGGUCAAGGCCAAGCUGCGACCUGCAGUCCCCUCCGACCGGUACAAGUGCCAGCACUGCCACUUCGUCUGCAAGUUCAAACAGAGUUUGAGAGCCCACACCAGGGGGUCGCAUCCUGAAGUCUACGCAGAGAUGAUCCAAGCUGAGAAGAAAGAGAAGGAAGGAGCAGAGGAAGAUGUAGAGGAGGAAUACAGAAUCUUGGAGGAUUACAACCAAGAACCAAGCGAUGUCACGGAGGAAAUCCAGUCCAAUGAGGCCACGGAUCGUUAUCAAUGCACCCUCUGUGAGACCUUCUUCUGCCGUUUCAAGAAAGAUCUGCACAACCACAAGAGCAGAGUCCACGGCUUACCGGCCCCCGUCUACAAGUAUCAAUCCCGCAUCCCCGAUAACCGCUACCGGUGCACUGAAUGCGACUACAUCUGUAAAUUCCAGCGGACGUUGCGACUGCACUGCCGGUCAGUCCACCCAAAGGCAGUCAAGAGCCCCGAAAUCAAGGAGAAGAAGGAGAAGAAGGAGAAGAGGGAGAAGAAAGUCCUUGAGAGCCGGUACCGGUGCCCGGAGUGCGACUUCACCUGCAAGUUCAAAGGUCAGCUGAAGAAGCACAAAAGCCAGGCCCACAAGAAAGAGCGGCCUCCCAAGACAAUGCGAGAGCAGCAGUGCCAGUUCUGCAGCAAGUUCAUCCAAGGGACAAUGCACCACUACCGGCGACACCUGAUGACCCAUACGGGUGAGAAGCCCUUCAAGUGUGACAUCUGUGACGCUGUCUUUGGCGACCAGAGCCGGCUGAACGCCCACGCCCCCAUCCAUCUCGAGGCGCGCAACUACCUCUGCGACCAGUGCGGCAAGAGCUUCAAACGGGCCAUCAACCUGCGCAUGCACCGCAAGGUGCACCUGGUGGUGCGCCCCCAUGGCUGCGAGCUGUGCAGCUACCGCUGCAAGCGCCACGACACCCUCAACCUGCACAUGAAGCGGAAGCAUCUCAAGAUCCGGCGCGUCCUCUGCGACACCUGCGGCAAGAAGUUCUUCAGCGAGAAGGAGUGUCAGCUGCACGCUGCCAGGAAGCACCUUCCAAGGCCCACCCCGUUUCAGUGCACCUUCUGCCCGCAGGCGUUCCCCUUUGCCUACAACCUGCGUGCCCACAUGAAGAAGCAUCCGGAGCACAAGCCCUUCCGGUGCGAGUUCUGCAGCUUCGAGUCUCGCUCCAAAGCCAGCCUGCAAGAUCACGAGAAGAUGCACACAGGAGAAAAGCAAAAGAAAUGCGAGAUGUGCGAUUACACGACCAGCACCAGCAGCAACCUGUACAAGCAUCGGAAACGCCAGCACGGCGUUGUCGUGCACCGCAACAAGUCGCCCCGCGUCCUCUCCCCGUCUCAAGACCGCCCAUCCAUCUUGCUCCAGCCCGCCAUCCUCCAAAACUCGCCCCAGGCCUCCGUGCCAGCCACGCCCCUCUGCUCCACAUCAGCCACACCCCAGCCCCACCCAAUGUUGCCCACGCCCGAGAUUCUCCACGCGCACCACAUGCACAUUCAGCGUCAUCUGCAAGGCGCGCUCUCGCCCAUCCCCGGGCAAAUCCAGGGUUCCCCUUCCCCAGCUCUCGCCCAGUCGGUCACCCAGUCGGUCACCGUCCCCACCUCCAGCGGGCAUGUGGACUUGAGAAACGUCCAGGCCUACGAAGAGAUCGACUUGAAAGACCGCCGAGCCAUCAUCUACGGCCGGGAGAAAUCGCUCAUUGGAUCCGUCAUAACGGAAGCCCUGGCCGAGGCACGGAAUGUCGUUCAGAGCGAGUUGUACGGCAGCGGUCAUGUGAUCCAAUCGACUGUAGCGCCACCCCAGGCACACCACCAGCCAGGGCUGCCUGUGACGACCACAAUGGCGCCCCCAAAUGGCGGCGUCGUGUCAACCGAGGGGAUUAUUCACGGUGCGAUACAGACCAGCACUGGCAUCUCGCCGUCGGGUGCUUCAGGGAUUUUUAACAGCAUCAUGAAUAUUCAUUACUGAAACAUAGUAAUACAUGAAUAGUAAAUCAAGUAAGCCGACAAUAAAUAAAUUUUAAUUGCCAUCAUUGUUACAAUAUGAAGUUGACAAAAACGGAAAAUUUCACCGCAUACAAUUUAGACAAAGCUUUAUUUUUAGUACAGAUUUUGCAGGUUUAAUGUGUAACCAAGCCACAAUCUUGUCACGGCAUGAUUAAUUAGCAGAAACUCAAAUAACAUCUUAAACCCCUUCAUCGGCCAGCAUACAACUCAAAUUAUCUUAUCCAAGAAGGCUGGCGAUCUUCGACAUCAUUGUGCUCUCAUUUUGUAACCCCUAUAAUAUCAAUCAUGUUCCACACCAAAAAUCUAUUGAAAUCCCUGCAAGGAAACUUUUGGGGAAAAA